AUGCGCUUCUUCACCUCCCUCCAGCUCGUUGCUGUGAUGUUUGCCAUCGGCUCUUCCUGUUUGGCAGUUAGCACCAAGGACAUGAUAAGGGGCACUGCAUCAGACAUUGAGAUCAUUAAAGAUACUGAGUUAGGGGACAUUGAAUGA